CUCAGCGGCCUCGAGUUGCCUGCAUUUUUUUCCUGUCGAGUUCUUUCAAAAAUAAACUUCACCGGUCGAAGUUCUUUACCCGAAACUCGGGUAGCCGGUCGUCGAGAGGGAAGGAUGACGGUGGCUGCGGGGCUAGGGUAUGCUCUAAUUGCCCUAGGCCCGGCACUCUCCAUCUUUGUCUCCGUCAUCGCCAAGAGACCCUUCCUCGUCCUCACGCUUCUCUCCAGCACACUGUUUUGGCUUGUAAGCUUGAUUCUUCUUUCGGGAGUAUGGAGGGCGUUUCUUCCUGUUAAGUCAUCGGCAUCGUGGACUUAUGCGAUUGUUAUACUCACAUCAGUUAGCUUCCAGGAAGGCGUCCGUCUUAUCUUCUGGAAACUGUACAAGAGACUUGAAGAAAUGUUGAAUUCCUUUGCAGACCGAACAUCCAAGCCUCGCCUCUUCCUUACUGAUAAGAUGCAAAUUGGACUCGCUGGUGGUUUAGGCCAUGGUGUGGCCCAUGCUGUCUUUUUUUGCCUUAGCCUUCUAACUCCAGCAUUUGGCAAGGCAACUUAUUAUGUGGAGAGGUGCUCGCAUAUGCCUUUUUUUCUUAUUUCUGCAAUUAUUUCUUCUGCUUUUUUGUUGAUACAUACUUUUUCCAUGGUCAUUGCAUUCAACGGAUAUGCAGAAAGUCGAAAAUCUGAUCAAUUUUUUGUUCCUGUAAUUCAUAUGGUUGCUUCUAUGAUGACUCUGAUCAAUCUCGUACCUGGGGGCUGUGCUGUCGGUGUUCCUCUGCUCUGCUUCUUUGCAUUUGUCACUCUGCAUUAUUGUUGGAGGACGGUUUGUCGGAGGCUGAUAGAGAACUAAGAUGACAGACAAUUUGUUAGCAGGUAUCAGUGUUAUAAACCACCCAGCUACCCCUAUCAACUGUGAUGUUUUUGGUGAAAUCAUUUUAAUCGAAGGAAUGAAAGCUUCUCAGAAAAGUUAUGCAGCAUCAUUGGGAAAGCCUAUUGUUCUUCCUGGGGAAAUUUGAGCAUUUGAAUGGACAUGGGUUGGUUACUGGUAACAUUUUUGUCAUGAUUACUGUGCCUGCU